AUCUAAUUCUCUCAAACUUUUUCAUUAGGUUUUUUUUUUUCCCUCCCAUUCCUGGAGUAAAUAAAGGAGAGAGAUGAUACUGAAAGCGAUUGUGCUGCUGUGCUGUGCUCUGGGCAUCAGCACAUUCCCCAUGGAAGAACCUGAAGAUGGAGGCAAGCACUGGGUGGUGAUUGUUGCAGGUUCGAACGGCUGGUACAACUAUCGACACCAGGCAGAUGUGUGCCACGCGUACCAGAUUGUACACCGAAAUGGAAUUCCAGAUGAACAGAUCAUUGUCAUGAUGUAUGAUGACAUUGCUGAUAAUGAUGAAAAUCCAACAAAAGGCAUUAUCAUCAAUAGGCCUAAUGGCACAGAUGUGUAUGCUGGAGUGCCCAAGGACUAUACAAAGGAGGAUGUUACUCCAAAGAAUUUCCUUGCUGUUCUCAGAGGAGAUGCAGAAGCAGUGAAGGGGGUGGGAUCAGGAAAAGUAUUGAAAAGUGGUCCCAAGGAUCAUGUGUUCGUUUAUUUCACUGACCAUGGAGCCCCAGGACUUCUGGCUUUUCCUGAUGACGAUCUUCAUGUGAAGGACUUGAAUAAGACUAUUUGGUACAUGUAUCGUCACAAAAAAUACCAGAAGAUGGUGUUUUACAUUGAAGCAUGCGAGUCUGGAUCUAUGAUGAAUCAUUUAGCUGAUAAUAUCAAUGUUUAUGCAACAACGGCUGCAAAUCCCAGAGAGUCAUCUUAUGCAUGUUAUUAUGAUGAUGAAAGGCAGACUUAUCUUGGGGACUGGUACAGUGUGAAUUGGAUGGAAGAUUCAGAUAUGGAGGACCUAAGAAAAGAAACGCUCCACAAGCAGUUUCAGCUGGUGAAGAAGCGUACCAACACGAGCCAUGUGAUGCAGUAUGGUAACAGAAGCAUCUCCUCCAUGAAAGUGAUGCAGUUUCAGGGCAUGGGGAAGAAAGCUACCCCCAUUUCUCUGCCACCUGUAGAACACAAUGACCUGACGCCUAGUCCUGAUGUGCCUUUUGCAAUCAUGAAACGAAAGCUGAUGGCUACCAAUGACAUUUAUGAGGUUAAGAAGAUUGCUGCAGAGAUGAAAAUACACCUGGAGGUGAAAGAAUUCAUCCAAGAAUCCAUGCGAAAGAUAAUCACCGUAGUAACAGGAUCAAAAGAACAGACCAACCGAAUUCUGUCAGACAGAUUGACCAUCAGCAAUUAUGACUGCUACCAGUCAGCAGUGAACCACUUCAAAGCUCAUUGCUUCAACUGGCACUUACCCUUGUAUGAGUAUGCACUGAGACAGCUGUAUGCCUUGGUCAACGUUUGUGAAGGAGGAUACCCCAUUGACAGAAUAUGCCUGGCCAUGGAUCAAGUGUGCCUUGGGUAUUGAUGGAAACAGCAGUCCCUAGUACAACCCUUACUACAAUGAUAACUUUUCAUAACUGUAAUAAUCCAGACUUUACAUGCAUGCAAUAUGAAGAGAGUCCACCACUGUACUGGAACUGUGCCGGGAGCUGAGGCACCUACCAUGAGCGAUGCAGCACUUGCCAGUGCCCUCCCCUGCAUCCCCACCUGCUGACAGCCUGCUGGUUUGACACAGGCGUUUUGGCAGACCGCCUGGCGCUUUCAAGAUGGAUGAUUUGUUUCAAAGCGCAAUGCUCUUAAUCUCUGGAUGAACACUACAAACCACCUAUCAGUGAUUGCUAAAUUUAUGCUAAAUUCGACCAUCGAUUCAUUAAUUCUGGAUAUUUUUUUUGUACUAUUGCUAACUACUAGCUUUUUAAGAAAAGUUAAGAAUUCCAUUACAGUGACUAAUCAGCGACUAAUUUGCAGAUUGGUUAAAGAGUGAAGAAACCAAAGCUUGUUCUUUAAGCUUUAACUCCUUAGCAGUUUAAAGAAGUGAGUUGCAUUCAAGAACUAUCAGAUGUGUGAACAGCACAGUUAAACUGUGAACAGUAAAAGUCUUUGUGGGUAGAAAGCACUGUUUCCCAAAGAAAAACACAAAUAUCUAAAGCUGUAAAUUUAGCACCCGUAUGCUAUAAUUAAAUGUAUAUACACACAAAUCUGUGGGAAGUCACAGAGUACAGGAAUUGCCUGUAAAUGAAAAUAAAGUUGACAGUUUCAUCAAUCUACAGGGCAAUGCAGUGUUAGACAUCUUGUGUCUUGAAAAUGAAUGAGACCUAAUUAAUUUUGUGAUGUUGCAUUAAAAGGUUAUCUAUCCCCUGUAAGCCUUUUUUAAGAUAGGUCAUCUCAAAAAAAACCCCAACCCACAAAACCCAAAACAAACCCCAAAAUUUCAACCCAAAAGCAAAACCAACAGCAAAAUAUCAAAAGCCCAAAAUCACACUUGAAGGCACUACUCCUUAGAGGUGACUCAGUAAACGACAAGCAGGGGGAAAAUUAGAGGUUAUGAGGUGAUUCAAAAUAGCCUCAGGUUGUCUGUACCUUUCAUGCGUGGAGACAGGAAACAGAAAUACUCCAGGGUUCUUUCAAAAGUGUGUUAAAAUAUGCACAAUUACCUCAUCUCUGUGGGAAAAGAACAAACUUUGGCAAAAACUAAACCAGCAUCUCCAGGAUGGAGAGAAGUUUGGGUAGCUCAGCUUGGAGGAGAGAGGACGUAGGGGGUGUCACUGCAACUAGUUUUAUAUAAAGAAGCACCUGAUAAAGCCAGGAGCGUUAGCACUUUCAGCUGUCUGCUGAGUGAGAGAGCGAGAGAAAUCCCAGAGCACAGCUAGUGUCAAGAUGGAUGGGAAAAGGUAAAAGUAGGUGGAACUAGGCUUUACUGAAUUAAAUGAAAGUUUGUACCCUGGGGGAUCUUGAAAGUUCAGAUCCAUGCUGCUUUUGAGUUGGUUGUUGUUUCUUUUCAGCUGUAAAGCUGAGGGGUUUUAGCAGAAAUCUAAAAAUAAGAGAGUAUGAAAUCCUUGUGUGCCUGACUGUGUUGCAGGUGUUCCCCUGAUGGCAGGAGGAAGGGUUGGCCACACAGGACAGCUUUUAGGCAGUCUGGCUGCUGUGAUGGAGUGUACUGAGAGCCCCCAGUCACUUUGAAAGCACAGGAAAAAUUACUCCUUCAAAGCCUUGUUUGAAUGUAUACAUUAAAUCUGCAAAGUUUUACACAUCUCUGCUCUUAGAGUUGUUCUCUGCCCUAGAAAUCCAGCCUGCUUCUCAAGCACUUAGCAUCAUCAGUUCACAGUUUUAACAAUUUUCUUCACCCUUUAGAAAUACCCAUUUUCUUCUGAAGUAUUUGGAAGAGGCUUUUGGUCUUUUGGAUUUUCGUAUCUAGAAUGCAGAGGGAAGCAAAAAGCCCUCCAGGUUCUUCACAGGAAACAUCGCUUUACAGCCAAGAGUCUCCAGCCGUAGUAAGUAGCCUCAAAAACUAAUUAUCAGAUGAAAUCUCAGCUGCUGGCACACAUUUUUAUUUUCACACAUUAUUGACACCCAGGUGGCACUUGUACCUCAUGAUCAUCACGUGCCCUGGCCCUCCUGCAGAACCCUGGAGCUCUGAGGAUGCAAAGCUGAACUGUGGAAGAGUGGGAUUUUCUUCUGUUUUCCUCCUGCAGAAGUGAUUCCCAGAGCUUCACCAUCCUAAAUGCUACCCAUGGUGGUGUCACCUCUUCCCUUGGGGAUGUGCCAAAAUGAGAGAGGCAAUCUGCUGAAGGUGUCGCUGCACCCCGAUACCAUCUGUGCCCCACAGAAAGCAUUAAUGUGCUAUUGAAUUUCCAGUUUGUAUCCAGAGACCCAUUUUCCUUGCGGUCACUCAGGGAACAGCCCCGCAGAAGAAAAAAACCAACAGCCUUCACCCGCACGGAUCAAUACAUCUGUUCUAAGGCCUCCAAAUAGCAUCAGAUGGGCUUAGUGUCUGCAUGGCAGACUUUAUUUUGGGAUGGUAAUAGAACCUGAUGAGAAAAUCAUUUUAGGAUUGUGCAAGGUCACUUUUACGCCAGCAUGUAUUGGGCAAGCGCUGACACCCUCCCUCUUCCUGCAGGCAUGCAGCUGAUCAGGCUGCCGUUCCUAGAAUGCUGGGGUGCAGGAAUGACUUCUGCAACGUAUGGAAAACUGUCAGGUUCCCAGCAAAUUGUCAUCACCAAGCAGAACAGGGCAAAGUUGAGGCUGUGGUAUUUACAAAAGCCUUUCCUGAGCCGAAGUUAUGUAUAUCCGUAACUGGCAAGAGUGUCAUUUGCACCAGCUGGGGCUUCCUGUCCUCCUCCUCACUGCUAGGAACAGAGCUCAAGGUCCUUUCCCCAGCUGCUCUGUGCCAAACCUGCCGUGUGUUUCCACCCAACAUCCUGCUGCACACAGCAGUUCACCGCCUUUCCUUUGAGGGGACCUGGAGGGCAGGAGGCACACGCAGCCUCUGUAGUAUGCCGCAUGCUGACUAUUUCUAUAUAAUGCAAACUUACAUGGACAGAGUUUUGUUCAGAGCGCGUGCAACCACCCUGCCUUCUCUGCUAGCAAUAAAGCAGAAAGCAGUUCACCUGGUGUUGGAGAUAACGCACUUUUUUAGAGAUUCCAGUAAGUAGUAUUUUAGCUCUGUCCAAACCAAGCUGCGUCUUCUCUCACCAGGAGGACCUAAGGUAAGUGCUGAGCCACCCUGCUCAUCUCAGGGCAGGAGGCCGAAGGCCUCGUUCCUGUGCUCUGCCUCCGCCCUGUGAGACCAGGGAUGGAGGAGCAGCAGAGGAAAGGACAUGUAAACUAAAGUCCUGACUAAGCAGCCUUUCGUGCCAAGAGCUCCGGCAAUUCUGAAUCAGAGGCCGCUUCCUUCCUAGGGACAUGACACCCCAAAAGAGGCAGGAGACAACAGAAAUGUUACAAGUCUGUAACCCUGGGCACGACAGGCAGAGCCAGCCAGUAUCGCACAGUGCAACACCCAUCCAAGGAGGGACUCUGGUAGGACAAGCGGGGUCUUCACACCAGCUGGGUAGGAGGAAACCAUUUUUCACAGCGCAAGGGUUUGAAAUGCUGGCCCAGGGCCCCAGCGAGGCUGUGUGAUCUCCAGCCCCAGGGACCUGCAGCACGGAAAGGAUGAGGCUCUGAGCAACCUUGGGAGGCAGCCCCACUCGAGCGGGGAUCGGCCUGGCGACCUCCAGGGGCCCUUCCCAGCCUG